UCCAACGUCUUCUCCAUGUUCGAUCAGUCUCAGAUCCAGGAGUUUAAAGAGGCUUUCACCAUCAUGGACCAGAACCGGGACGGCUUCAUCGACAAGGAGGACCUGAGGGACACCUUUGCUGCCCUGGGUCGCAUCAAUGUGAAGAACGAAGAGCUGGAGGCCAUGGUGAAGGAGGCCCCCGGGCCCAUCAACUUCACGGUCUUUCUGACCAUGUUUGGGGAGAAGCUGAAGGGCACGGACCCAGAGGAGACCAUUCUCCACGCCUUCAAGGUGUUUGACGCGGAAGGGAAAGGUUUCGUCAAGGCCGACUUCAUCAAAGAGAAGCUCAUGACGCAGGCAGACCGGUUCAGCGAGGAGGAGAUCAAGCAGAUGUUUGCAGCUUUCCCACCAGAUGUGUGUGGCAACCUGGACUACAGGAACCUGUGCUACGUCAUCACGCACGGCGAAGAAAAAGACUAGAAGGAGCCUGUGCACCGCCAGCGCCCCCCGCCACCGAACCCACACAUUCAGAGGCAGCAAUUCCAGGGGGCUGGGGUGGCAGGGGUGGCUGCUGGGGAGCCCCUGCCGCCAACAUGUGCGAGGAGACGGCUCCCUUGCCUGUGGGUCGGGGGCAGAGCGAGAA